UGAUAUUUAAGUUUCCUAAUUUGUAAUAUAACGAGUACAUGUAUUGCCUCUAAUUUAUAUUUGUUUAUAUAUUUAUAUUUAUACUUAUGUAUUGUUGAGCUAUUAAUGUGUGUUUCACUUAUUAUUAUUUUUGUGGCUUUAUUGAAUCUAAACAGAUAAAAAAUGGAGGAUCAACACCUUUGUCGCCGAAAUCAUAUUUUGCUCCUUAAGGAUAGCGAGAUCAAUAAUGAAAAAAAAAAUUGUGAGUUAUGUCAUGGGUUUCUUACAGAAGCUCCUUAUUAUGUUUGUGAUUCGUGCGAAUAUUAUGUCCACAAGUCAUGUGAAGAACUACCAAAGCAGAUCAACAAAUACCCUUUACAUCCUCGCCACCCUCUUUCUCUUACAACACGAGAUGCCAGAUGCAAUUGUUGUGGUCAAGCCUCAGAAAAGAGGCUCGUGUUCAGUUGUGUUGGCUGUGAUUUUGACUUGGAUGUUGAAUGCUUUAAAAUGUCAAACUCCAUAACAGCAUGCCCGGAAGGCCAACAUUGCAUUCAACAUUCAAGCCAUCCCCACUUGCUACUACUUGUUGAGACAACAAAUGCAAUUCAUGAAGAUGAAGAUAUUGAUGUUAGAUGUUUUGCAUGUCAAUCCAAGAGCUCACCAUCAGAAUCAUUAGAUGGUGGAGUUUAUUAUGGCUGCAAUAGAUGUAAGUACUUUCUUCAUAAACAAUGCAUUGACCAAUUACCACAAGAAAUCCAAACCUCUCACCAUCCUAAUCACAAUCGUCUCUUCCUUCUUAUGAAAAGACAAAGGUAUUGUAAAUGUAACACUUGUGGAAGUACAGACGAAUCUGCCUUAUAUUUCGAAUGUUCUCAAUGUGAUUUUCGGUUGUGUUUAGAAUGUGGAGUGAGACGAACACGAAUCAUUAAGCAUAAAGAUCAUCCACAUCUUCUUUGCUUUGUGGAGAAAAUAAACAAUGCAGUUGAACAAUGCAACGUCUACGACACCUGUUUGAAGCAAUCAAUCAUGUGCAAUACUAAGGAAUUCCAUAAAACAAAUUCCUUCAAAUUUCUUUGUUUGGAUUGUGAUUUCAAACUUCAUUUAUUAUGUGGUCCAUUGCCUUCUAUCAUAAAACAUGACAGUCAUAUGCACUCCUUAGAUCUUGUUGAUUCAUUCAUUGAGGAUAACUCUGGUGAAUAUUGCUGCGAUGUUUGUGAAGAUGAAAGAAAUCCACGAAUACGUGUUUACUGUUGUCAAAAGUGCAAAUAUAUCGCUCACGUACACUGUGUUAUCUCUGAGGUUAUAAAUGUAUUAAAAGGAGACCUUAGAGAUGUGAAACUGAAAGUGUUGGGAGAAGAUCUUUGGGAAUUUCCUAAAGAGAUUGAUCAUGCUGUGUCUCCUUUGACCUUAAGGGAUUUGAUACAUAAAUUAACUGAUCGUGAGCUAGGCUGGUUGAAGUAUCGUUUUAACUGGGAUGAGGAAAAUGAGGGAGAAGAAGUGAGUAAAACGACUACUGAAGAUGAUAACAUUGAUGAGGUUCUAAAAUUUUCUAAUUUAACAGAAGCUGAUUUCAUGUCAUUUAUCUUGGAAGAGUUUGAGUCCACCUUUUGGAAAAGGAAGUUGAGAAUAAAAUAUAGUGAUCUAGCGUUGACACUUGUUGAUAUUAAAGGUUAUUCCAUACCUUUACAUUUGGCAUCUGCUAUGAAUAAUUUGCUUCACAAAUACGGAGAUAUUAGUACAAAGUAUGAAUGUUCCCAACAAUUGAAGAGCAUGGGGUUUUUCUUUGUAUGUAAAGUGAUGAAAGAGAUGCAUACCACUUUGGUGAUAGACAUCACUAAACAUCUUCUUCAACAAUGGCAUCACUACUUAUACUUUGUAAAAUAUUGGGCUGGCUUCCAGGUGGAUUUUCUGAAGUCAUCUCUAAGGAAGAUCACAAGAGAUUUCUACUAUCAACAGUUGAGUAAAGUAGUUGACAAGGAAUUCCCAAUGAAAAUAGAAAAGAAGAAGGCUGAGCUGCAGAAGAAGAUGGCUGAAAUGAUUGCAGGGUACGAUGUUGGACUGGUGAAGUGCAAGAAUCUCCGUGAGUCUUCUACAACAGAGGAACACCUGAAGGAGGGCUUGGAAAGGGCAAUGAAUGUCAAGUGGAAGGUGGCAAGCCAAGUUGGACGAUCAUCAUUAUUACAUCUACAAUAAUAAUAAUAUUAAUAAUAAUAAAAAAAAUAAUAUGAUUUUAUUAGUUAAAGUGGAUGAACAAAUCCUUAUAUAAAGUGUAGCUACUCUCUUGUUAUUAUAUUGAGGCUCUGUUUUCAGUUUUGGAAAGAAAAAGCCUUAUAUUUAGGCUCUGCUAUUAUAUUGGCACACUUCCAAAUUGCAAACAAAAGUUACACUGAUUAAAUCAAAUAUGCUAAAACUUCCACUGAUUAAAAUAGUU